AUGUCUCGGGGAAGACGCCUCUGGAACUGCCAUCGCAGUAAGAGGCAUUCUCGUUCCACCAGGGCCGAGCUGCAGUUCCCCGUGAGCCGCGUGGACCGCCUCCUGCGAGAGCGUCAGGGCGCCCAGCGCCUGAGCUCAGCCACACCGGUGUUCCUGACCGCAGUCCUUGAGUACCUGACGGCCAACAUCCUGGACCUGGCGGGGAAGGAGGCCGGCGCCAACCACAGGAUGCGCAUCAGCCCAGAACACGUGCAGAGGGCGCUGAUCAACAAUGAGAAUCUCUGCCACCUCUUCGAGCCCAACGCCUUCGCUCAGCCCGCAUCUGCACCAACCCCUCGCAAGAGGAAGUAG